GCAGCUUAUUUGAUGGUGAUUCAGCCUCUGGUACUUCAAUUGGGCUUGAUAUUCCUCCUAGAAUCAAUGAAUUGCAAUAUGAUCCAGAAGCUGACAUGAGGAGCUGCCUUAUGACUUACAAGGAUCUUAGUGAAAGAGAAGAGCGGCAGCCUCUGAACACCAUUGAUCAGAAAGAUGAACCGCAUUUGCCUGAACAUGGGGGCGAACUUAGUUCAUGGGGAGUUGUCAAGUGCAGUUUAUACCUCUCUCCAAUUUGGUUUAUAACUGAGAUAUAUGCUAGAAGUUUCAUUGAGGACCUGAGAACAUAUUCUAACUGCUUGAGGGAAAAAAAUAACUGGUACUUAUCAAAUUCUGCUCUUGCAAAUACUAGCGUUGCAAGUACCACUGUGUUAACCUCGACUUCGGGGCUUUUCACACUCUUCUUUGGAGCUCUUAUUGGGCAGGAAUCCAUAAAUUUUGUGAAAGUGGUCGCUGUUUUUAUAAGUAUUGCUGGUGUUGCCAUGACCACGAUUGGGAAGACUUGGGCGUCUGAUGAAAUGCUUAGUGUCUCUGAGAGUAGAAGGCACUCCAUUACAGGGGAUAUUUUUGGUCUUCUGUCAGCAAUUUCAUAUGGACUAUUUACAGUUCUUCUUAAGAAAUCUGCGGGAUCUGAAGAAGAAAAGGUAGAUGUGCAGAAGUUCUUUGGUUACAUUGGUCUCUUCACUCUUCUUGGCCUUUGGUGGCUUGGUAAGGCUCUUUCUGUUGUCUGGACAAAUCCAUUAGUUGCAACUCUCGGCAUGUCCUUGACAAUACCUCUUGCAAUGAUAGCUGAUAUGGUUAUACACAACCGUCACUUCUCUGCAGUCUACAUCUUCGGCUGCAUUCAGGUUUUUGCAGGGUUCAUUAUAGCUAACCUUUCGGACAAGCUUUCAGUUAGCAGUUGAGUUGUAAUGUAGCAGUGACAAAUGAAUUUUUUUCCAUGCUUGGAAUUUGGACUGCAAGUUUUUUUUAUGUAAUAUGACAAUAAUUUUAUACUAAGAGUAACGGAGAGUUAAUGAAAAGCUUUUAUUAUG